AUGGCUGCUAUGUUUCAGGGCACCUUGAAGGAAAGAAGGGAGCUCUUGCACCAGUGGCUACAGAGCGGAGAAGUUCCAGAAAAGUGUGAAAUGAUGCUGACCAUGCAGAGAUCCACGGAAGAGGACUAUGACGCCGAAGAGCAGUUGUUGACGGUGGAAGGCAUGAAACGUGCUGGUAUCUCAGAGAAGCGGAAAAUCGCAGCUGUGGUGGCAACCCAAAAUCCCAUCUUGGACAAGGACCACCCAGAGAUCCUUGAGGAGGCAAGGUACUGGGUCCAUGUGCACAUCAAGCGGAACCACCGAGAGAAGAGUUCGGUCAGUGUGGUGGCCAAGAACAGACUUCGAGCAGACUCGGGUGGAAUGGAAGCGGUGCUGCCCGGCUUGACUAACAGGAGGCCGAAGAAGGCUGCAACCAAGCCCAAGAAGGACACCAAGCCUCUAGAGCCCAAGACAUGGGAAGAGAUUUGCAGUGAUGCAUGUGUGGAUUUGAGGAAGGAAUAUUUGGGGACAGCUUGCGCAAUGGACUUGCCCAAAGGCCAUGAGUUGAGAAAGCAGCUCAACUCCAUGAAGGUGCAGCUUGGAAACCUCAUGGAUGAGACCAAAGAUCUCGACCUUGAUGUCCUGACACAAAGUCAGUUCGAUCGCACGAUGGAGGA